AUGUAUCACCUAGCUAAAGGGCUGUACAUGCUUGCGACCAGCAAGGAAGAGUAUUCGGUAUUACUACUCGGGCUCGACAAUGCGGGCAAGACUACCUUCCACGAGCAGGUCAAGAACCUCUUCAACCCGGGCGGCGAUGCGCCCUCUUCGGCCAAGCCCAUAAAGACGGUCCCCACGGUGGGCCAGAACGUGUCGACCAUCACGCUGCCCGACAUGUACAUGAAGAUAUGGGACGUGGGUGGGCAGCACAGCUUGCGCAAGCUCUGGCAGAGCUACUACACGAGCUGCCACGCCAUAGUCUUCAUCAUCGACAGCACUGACAUCGGAGACGGGAUCCUCAAGGCCGACAACGGCGAGGCGCACAACGCCGCGGGUGAUGCGGGGGACGGCGCUGGGGGCGGCGGCGGCGGUGGCGGUGGCGGUGGAACGACUGCCGAGCAGAUCGCGGCCGCUGCCGCUGGAGACAUGAACGGGAGGUUGGAUGAGUGUCGCCUAGUGCUUGAGGAUGUACUGCAGAGCGAGGACACGGAGGGCGUCCCGCUGCUCGUGCUGGCGAACAAGCAGGACAGGGAGGACUGUGUCGAGGUCGUCAGGAUCAAGGAGGGGCUGGUCAAGAGGGUGUUUGAGGGCGAGAAGGCCGAUAGCAUCCGCGACUCGCGCGUUCUACCCGUCUCGGCUAUGAAGGGCACAGGGGUCAAGGAGGCCGUGGACUGGUUGAGGUCGAGAGUGAAGCUCAACAAGGAAAGCAGACCGCCUGUCAUGAGGUGA